AACUCUCUUGUUAACAUGUUUAACUUGUUCUCGUUUAAUUAUUAGUUAAUUAAUUAAUUCUUUCGUUUGAUAAUUUAUUUUCUAUGGUGUUUGUUUGCGUUUAAAUUAUGGGUCGUUCGGUGGCAAGAAGGAAAAAUUUUAAGGCUCGAAAAGGAUCCAAUCAAACGACAAAAUUGUCUACCAAAAAUGUUACUUCAACUGAUGAGGAUAAAAAGAAUGUGGUUAAAAUUGAAUUUGAUGUUGAUAAUAGGAAAUAUGAUGAUGCUAAUCCUUUGGUUCUUCCCAGUAACAAGGCUGUAAAUGAUGGUAAGGUGAAAGAAUCGGAAGUUCCAAGUAAAAAGAAACCGAAAAAGGUUUUAUCUCUGAAAAAGCAGAAAAAAUUAAGGAAAGUUUUGGAAAGGAAACAAAAAAUUCAAGAUAGAUCUAAAAUUCUAGAAGAAUUACAAAAACAUCAAUUGGAUGCUCAAACUUACAGUGCCUUGGCCUCGACUAGUAAUUUACAUACUAAAGGAUUGAAAAGGGGUAUUGAAGAAGUUUAUGAUCUACAGGCAGUGACUAGUGAACCAGGAAAGAUCCGAACGGUUAGCAAGAGGAAACGAAAAUCAAUCAAUAGUUUGGAUCCGAAGAAAACUAAAUUAGGUGGUAAUGUUCUUGGAUUCGAAAAAUCUGACGAUGAAACUGAAUCGGAGGAAGAGGAAGAAGAAGCUGGAGAAGAUGAGAAGCCUUUGAUAGGCAGUGAAGAAGAUAAAGUCCAAACACCAGGAGUGAUUGAGACUGAAAAUUCUGCCAAAGAAAAAGAAAAUCCAACCAAUGAACAUCCACAAGAAGAAUCGGAAAAUUCAGCCAAUAAUCAAGGAGAAAAUUAUGAUAAUAAACAAAGUGACGAAACUGAAACAAAAAAUGAAACAGAUAAUCAAUCCAGUGAAGAUUUAACCAAAAAAUCAGAUGAAAACGAUAAGGUUGAAACCAAGGAAUCGAGUAAAUCUAAAAAGGAAACUAAUUACGUCGAUAUGACAACUAAAUUUGUUCCUGUAAAUCGUGAUCCAGCCAUUGAAGCAUCUCGAUCAAAAUUGCCAAUAAUUAGCGAAGAACAAUUUAUCAUGGAGAAAAUUAGAUACAAUGAUGUUACCAUAUUAUGUGGUGAAACUGGAUCAGGUAAAACGACACAAAUACCACAAUUUUUGUACGAAGCAGGUUAUGCAAUUAACAAGAGAAUCGGAAUAACCGAACCACGUCGAGUAGCGGCCAUUGCAAUGUCCCAUCGUGUCGGUCACGAAAUGAAUCUAUCCAAUGAAAUUGUUUCUUACCAAAUCCGUUUCGAGGGAAAUUGUUCCGAUAAAACAGCAAUCAAAUUCAUGACCGAUGGUAUAUUGUUAAAAGAGAUUCAAAAGGAUUUACUUUUAUCUUCUUACUCUGUUAUCAUUAUUGACGAAGCUCAUGAGCGAACCGUUUAUUCAGAUAUUUUAAUUGGUCUACUGUCCAGGAUAAUUAAAUUAAGAUCUAGGAAACAAGAUCCACUUAAGUUGAUCAUUAUGUCCGCUACUUUGAGAGUUGAUGAUUUUAUUAAAAAUCCUAAUCUAUUCAAAUCAAAACCUCCGGUCAUCGAGAUCAAAUCUCGACAAUAUCCUGUUACUACACAUUUCAAUAAGAUCACUCCUGAUGAUUAUCUUUCCGAAGCUUAUAAUAAAGUUUGUAAAAUCCAUCGGAAUAUGCCCAAAAAUGGAGGAAUAUUGGUCUUUCUAACUGGUCAGCAAGAAGUAAUUACACUGUGUCAAAAAUUGCGACGAACUUUUCCUUUUAACGAAAAUUCAAUCGCCCAACAAAAGGAAAAGAAAGAUGAACUUGAGGUGAAAAAAUUAUCCCGAAAAGAGGCCAAAAAACUACGACGAGGUAAACCGAAAACAUUGGCCGACAUUUCACCAGCAAUCGAUUUGGACGCUUAUGGUCAAGAUAUUGACCUUGCCGAUGAUGUAUCAGAUAAUGAUGAUGAUAUUGUUCCUAAUGAUGGAGGUGAACUUAAUGAUGACCUUGUCGUCUCUUGUAGUGACCCUCUCUACGUUUUACCACUUUUUUCUCAUCUCAAUGAGAAGAGGCAACGGAAAAUUUUCGAAAAUCCUCCAGAAGGUGUACGACUUUGCGUUGUGUCCACUAAUAUCGCUGAAACAUCGCUGACCAUUCCAAAUAUAAAGUAUGUUGUCGAUACUGGAAAAGUGAAGAUGAAAUUUUAUGAUCAAGUUACCGGAGUAUCAACUUUUCUCAUCGACUGGACAUCAAAAGCCUCAGCUGACCAAAGAGCUGGUCGAUCUGGUAGAAUGGGUCCUGGUCAUUGUUACAGAUUAUAUUCAUCAGCAAUAUUUCAAGAUAAUUUUAAAGACUUCAGUGAUCCAGAAAUUGUAAGAAAACCGAUCGAUGAUCUUGUCCUACAAAUGAAGUCGAUGAAUAUAGACAAUGUGAAAAAUUUCCCGUUCCCGACACCACCAAAGGCCGAAAAUGUGACCGCAGCGGAGAAACGUUUAGUUUUACUUGGAGCCCUUAAAACGAGCAAAAUAAUUAGCACAAAAUUCAAUGUGAAACGAACCCGAAGUAGAAAACAAUUUAAAUAUAUUAACCGGAUCACACCUUUGGGAAAAGUUUUAUCAUAUUUCCCGUUGAGUCCUCGUUAUGCUAAAAUGUUAAUUCUUACAUCACAACAUAAUUUAAUUUCCUAUGGAGUGUCAAUUGUUUCCGCUCUAACUGUCCAAGAAUUAUUCGUAUCUUCAACAAUCAUGGGCUCCGAAGAUGAUGGUAAACGUUUGUACAAAGAUAAAUUAGCAACAAUUAGGAAAAGAUGGGCUGGCUCAGGUAAUAGUUUACUAUUAGGAGAUAUGAUGAUUUUUCUCUGUGCAAUUGGAGCUUGGGAACAUGUCGAUUGUGCUCCAGAGUUUUGUAGUAAAUAUGGUCUUCGAUUCAAAGCAAUGAAUGAAAUUCGUAAAUUACGACAACAAUUACAGAAAGAAAUUGUUACUAUUUUUCCUCAACUUGAAUUUCCAAUGGACAUGAAAAUGACUCCUCCAAGUGAUGCUCAAGCUAAAUGUUUACGCCAAGUUUUACUUUCUGGUCUAUUUGAUCAUGUUGCCAGGUUAAUGCCUGAAGACGAGAAAAAAGAUGAAGAUAAACGAAAAUUGAAAAAAGCUUACCAGAGUACUGAGCUUGAUUUACCCGUUUUCAUUUCAACUGAUUCAGUAGUUUAUGAUUUAUCACCAGAAUGGAUUAUUUAUCAGGAGAUUUAUGAAACUCAGAAACUUUUCAUGAGACAUGUUGUCGCUAUUGAACCUGAAUGGUUACCGAUCUAUGCACCAGCCAUGUGUAAAUUUUCAAAGCCAUUAAUUGAACCAAUGCCUCGUUACGAUGCGAUCACUGAUCGCCUUAAAUGUACAGUAACUUGUACAUUUGGUCCUCUUAAUUGGCCGAUUCCGGAUGCCGAAAUUGAUUAUCCCGAAACGGACGAAGAAUAUGAUAAAUAUCAUUGGUUUGUUCGGUUUCUUCUGGAAGGCGAUGUAAUCAAAUAUUUCGCUAGUAAAAGGUCACUUUUACUAUCGCCACCAUCGAUCAUGCAGAAAUCAUGGUAUAAAUUACAGAAACGAACUCAGGGAAUUCUGAUCAAUCUUCGAAGUGAUAAAAUCUUAACUAGACAAGGAUUAAUAAAAAAAUGGAAAGAAGAUCCUAAAUAUCUAUUAAUUGAAUAUCUCCAAUGGAUACCUGAAGCUUAUCACCUUGAGAUAACCAGUGAAUGGCCACCAUUAGAUAAAUCUGAUUCAAUAGAAAUCAAAUCAACUGAAUCAACUUGAUUGGAAUCAUUUUUUUAGGAAAAAUGUUUAAUAAUUAAUGUAAAUAACAUAUAAUCAAAUUUUCCCAUUUCUUUGGGUAGAAAUAAACUAUUUAUUUCUUUA